AAUAAAUAAGGAAACGUCACUUUACGGCUCACCGUAUUUAUUAAUUUUUGUAAAUUUUGUUUUUUUUUUAAACUUUAAGUUUAAAAUUGGUAUAAUGCUUUUAAAGAAGUAUAAAUUAUAAUAUAUUGCAAUAAUAACUUCGAUGUGUAAUAACUUAUCUAAGAAUGGAAUCAAAUAGUGUUGUUCUAUGUGACAAUCUUAUUAAAUGGUUGCAGACCUUAAAUCUUACUGCCAAACAUGGAACACCUUCAGAGCUAUCAGAUGGUGUAGCAAUAGCUGAGGCACUUACCCAAAUUGCACCUGAAUAUUUCUCAAUAAGUUGGAAUUCUAAAAUUAAAACAGAAGUAGCUCAUAACUGGCGAUUGAAGGUCAGCAAUUUGAAAAAAAUAUUAGAAGGUGUUGUUGAUUACCAUCAGGACAUUUUGAAUUUAAGUUUACAGGAAUUUUCUAGACCAGAUGUUGUCAAUAUUGCUGAACAUGCAGAUCCAUCCGACUUGGGCAGGUUACUGCAGUUGGUACUUAGCUGUGCAGUCAACUGUAUUAAAAAAGAGGAAUAUAUCACGCGAAUUAUGGAUUUGGAGUUAUCGUGCCAGCGUUCGAUAAUGCAAGCGAUACAGGAACUGGAGACUAUAACUCUGGGCACAAAUCGUGGUAGUAUACAUUCAGAGACGACAGCCGGCGACCAGACAGAUGUUGAUAUGAGAGAGGUGCUCGCGCAAAGAUGUCACGAGCUCGACACACAGGUGAAAAUUCUUCGCGAGGAGAAGAUGACGUUGCUGAGCGAGGUGAGCAGACUGACGGCGGCGCGCGAGGCGGAGGGCGGCCCGGGCGGCGAGCUGGACGAGGCCGGCGCCUCGCUGGGGCCCGCGCACGCUGGUACGCUGCGCUACAGCAACAUGCGCGCGCAGCUCGACGCGCUCAAGGACGAGCUGGACAAGGUUGAGCUGCAGCGCGACGACCAGCGCGCGCGCGCCGACGCGCUCGAGCGGGAACUCGCGCUUACCAAGCUGAGGAACGAGGAGUUGCAGAUGGCGGCUUCGGAGAAUGUGGCUCUGAAGGAUGAAGUAGAUGCGUUAAGGGAGACGGCUGCUAAGGCAGCCGCCUUGGAGGCAACCGUCGCAUCUUACAAAAAGAGGAUGGAAGAACACGUCGAUCUAAGAAGACAGGUGAAGCUGCUGGAGCGCGCGAACACGGAGCAUGUGCAGCGCGCCAUCGAGCACGAGCAAGCCGCGACGCGUGCGCAGACCUUGCGCUCGCAACUCGACAUCUACAAGAAACAGGUGACAGACUUAAACGAGAAACUGGACGCGGAGAUAACGAAGGCGGACAAGCUGGAGAUCGAGAACAAAAAGAUGAGCAGUCGCGCGGCAUCACUGCAGCGCGAGCGAGACGCGCUGUUGCACGAGCGAGACACGCUGAGGGAGACCGUCGAUGAGCUGCGCUGCUCCACCAUCACCGCCGGUGCGAGUGAAGACAACGUUUCGCGAGAAUUGAUACCGAACGACUUGAAGGAGCGACUCAUACGACUGGAGCACGAAAACAAAUUGCUAAGACAGAAUCAAGGCGCCCAGACCGACGAGGCGUCCGUGCAGGCGCUGCUAGAAGACUACGCGGCGCGGCUAGAGAAGCAGCGCGCGCUCAACCGCGAGGCCACCGCGCGCAUCAUGCAGCUCGAGGCCUCGCUCGAGGCGCCGCACCCGCGCCUCGCCUCCGCGCUCGAAGACAGCCAGAGGAAGUCGCUACAAGUGGAAGAGUUGCAAGCGACGUUGGCGGAAGAGAGAAGACGUGCCAGCAAAUUGCAGGAGGCGCUGUCCGCUCGAGAAGCCGAACUGUUGGCCACCGAGGAUAAGUACAAGAAAUGCGUCGAGAAAGCGAAGGAAGUGAUCAAAACCCUUGACCCUAGGACGACAGGCCAACAGUCGCUAUCCGAUGUUACGCUGGGCUACUCGCGUGGUCCGGGGAACGCGAGCGCUAAUGCGUCACGCGGGGAGCCUGCGGCCACUAAUAAUAAUCGACACGAAUGGAGUGGGAGCGGCAGCGGGAGCGGGAGCGAGGAGAGCGGCCGCUGCGCCAACGAGCAGCGCCUGCUGGCAUCGGCGUGGUACCAGCUGGGCGCGCGCUGCCACCGCGAGGCCGUGGAGUCGCGGUUCGCGCUGCUGUCGGCGGGGCACUCGUUCCUGGCCCGCCAGCGCCGCCAGCCGCCGCGAGCGCGCGCGCCCGCCGCGCCCGCGCCCGCGCAGUGACCGCGCCCGCCCGCUCGCGCCGAGCCAGUACAUACAGUGCUGUGUGUACGUGAGGGCUACCCUCAUUAGACCGACGGCGGGACGGCUAGUGAUACUUCUCUGUGAGAUGUGAUUUUAACCCACUUUAGUGACUUCUUUAAUAAAGAAGUCUGUCUAUUUUACCAAUAUUCUGCCAUUUAUUCAUUUCAAAGAUUUUGUUCAGUACAUACAUGCCGAAUAAAAAGUAGGGAAAGAUGCUCAAAAUUAUAAUUUUUUUUUAUUCUGUUCUUUUGUCAAUUUUCUAAAUUUUGUUUUUAGACGGUUAAGUUUAUGGAAGGAAAAUUUUGAUUAGCGAUCAAUAGAAAAUUCUGAAAUAACGCAAAGAAAAUCAAAUCGUUUAAUUUAUAAAAAACGAUGCAGUUUACUGUAGGAAGAUUCUUAAUUAAGAGAAAAUAAUUUAUUGUGGCCAGCAUAUGGUACAAACCAAAAACGUUGCUUAAACAUUUUUUUAAAUAACUAUAAUAUUUUGAUAAUAUGUAUAUGCAUUAUUCCAUACUUUUUAUACACUGUAAAUACCUUAGUGGAAUUGUUAUAAAGUGUUUGUUAUUCCAGUAUUAUUUUACCCAGUUAUAAUAUGAGAUCACUCUAAAACUAUUUAUUCUGACUAAAAGUUCACAUGCUAAAAGGACAGCUGAUUCUGUACAACGCUAGUGCUAUACUAUCUAUGGUACAUGAAUUACUGUCUUGACUCACCACCAUAUGUAGCGUCUGCCUAGGUGUGUCUGCACAGUGCACCCAGUAAAAAAAAAACUAUGAUCCGUCGAGUUUAAAUUAUGGCCUGAUAAUGUGCCCUUGAAUGAUAUAUUUUUAAUUAGAAUUAACAAAAUAUAUAAUUGUAUAUAAUUAUAUGCAUCGAUCUUUGUAAUUAGAAUACGGAGAUUUUAUAUGAAAAUUAUAAAUACUUAUGGUCAUCUACAUAUAUGUACAGUUUAUAUAAAGAUAGAGUAAGUAUGAUGUGUUCAUGUAAAUGUAAUUAGAAAUAAUUCAGACAUGAGAUCAUUUUUUUUUUAUUUAGACAGAAAUCAUUGAUAAAUGUUUUUCAGAUGUUCAUAAUUUUUCUAAUGCAAUUCAUUUAAUUUCAUACUUGUGGUGAUUUUUUUUUCUCAAGUGAGACUUGUACUUUUUUUUCGCUACUAAGUAUUUAAUAUAUACUUAUAAUAAUUUAUGUGUAGCAUACUUUUAGUAAAUGUUAAUGUUUCGAACAAAUCAUUUUAUUUUUUACAAAAUAAUUUAAUAUGAAAACAACUUUUUUUACCAGUAAAUCAUUUAGAAGGGUAGAGUGUGUUUGCAAAUGUGCGUUUUAUAUUUAAAUAUAUGUUUCAAUGUGGUGCAAUAGUAAAGAGUGAAAGGUAAGACUUGUCUUCUUUGUCACACCAAUACAUCCAAACAGAUAGCCAGACUGUUGGCUAAAUCAAUUUUGUAUUUGUUGAUUAUGUCAUGGAAAAGGAUCUAGGUAUCUUUUCUCUUUAAUAUAUAAAUAAAAAUGUAAAAAAAAUCAUCCUACAAAAAUAUUAUUAUAUCAUCUCAUUAUAAAAGACCUUAGCAUGUACUAAGUAAAACUUAGUUUUAUAUUUUGUAUUGUAAAAGAUAGGAAACACGCAUAAAGUUUAAUUCUUUCAUAGUAGUUACAAGCUGUAAAACAGUGUGUCAAGAGCACUGUAAUUUUAUUCUAGCUCAUUUCGGAAAUAGUAAAUAUAUACAUAUAUAUAUAUAUAUAUAUAUAUAUAUAUAUAUAUAUAUAUAUAUACAUGUUCUUACAAGUAUAUAAGUAAGUAUUUUUUGCAACAUUACUCAAAAAAUAAUAUGUGACAUUAUAAUAUAAUUUUUGCGUUAUUAAAUACAAAUAUUUACUUUCAUUUAUUUCAUACUAAAGAACGUUACUGUUAGCGUAGACAUGACACAGGGCCGGGGGACUAGUUAUUAUAGUUAAAGACUAUAAAACGACAAAUUUAACAAAUAUUGGUGCAUUUGUAUUAUUUAUUAAGAAUUAAGUUAACUUUUUAUUAUUCAAUUUUUUUUGUCACAUAAUGGAAUUUUAAUUUAGUGUCAAUUUUUGACAGAUAAAAAAACAAAAUAGAAAAUAUUAACUACUAUGCUUAGAUAUUAUAUUUUUAUUAUAUUAAUAACUAAUAUAGAUAACAAAUAAUUAUCAGUCCAAAACUAAAUUGUAUUAAUAUUUCAAGUAGUUUUAAAGCUAUGUUUACACUGUUUUAAUUUGUCGUCGAUCUUACGUUUACUUAGUUGACAUUUUGUAAAGAUUAUUCAUAAAAUAAAAUUUGUUACAAUAUUUAACUGCAUAGAAAACAAGGCGUUACUUUAACAACUAUAGUGCUUAUAUUAUCUGUUCCUGACUAGAGCUUAUCGAUGCAAUAUAUAAAUAUGUUAAUCUAAACUAAUAUGAAUUUAUUAAAAUAUUUUUCAAUUUAUAGCUAUAUGAAUAGAAUGGUGU